UUGCUCAAUGGAGGGCACCUGCGCCGUUUUUCUCGGAGCUGCUGUCGUCUGCUACGGUGUAGCAGAUCCGCGGCUCACGCAGACGGCAGACGGCGUUUGCACUGUGCGUGCGUGCGUGUGCCUUCUCGGAAGGCGGGCAUUUGCGAACGCCCUGCUUUUAUAUAACAUCGCCGUGGCCGGUGCUCUGGAAUCUCAGAAGAAGAAGAAAGGGGUUCGUUUCCCGUCUGUCGUUCGCGUGAUCAUCGCCACGCCUUCUCUCCCACCCGUUCUCACCCUCGCCCUAUAAUCGCCGCCGAGCUUCUUGGUGUGCCGUGUCGUGCGUGUUGUUGUGUGUACACACCGUGUGAACCGAAGUGUCGCUGACCGCUGCCUCGGCGAUGCUGCUGCCGGUGUGCCGGAGCAACCCUGCCGCUCGCAACCGAAGCGCGCGACGAGAUCUCGCUACGGUGGCGGCUAGCUGACGGCCAGCGCGCGUGUGUGUAUUACAUACUGCGGGCGGCGGUUGGCGCGCCCCUGCGUUGGCUGGCACGCUGGCGGAGGAACUGGGCGGGCAGCGGCGGCGGCUCAUAUCUUCGGAGGCCGCCGGCGACUCUCCCUCGUCGUCGUCGUCGUCAUCAUCGGCCCAGUCGCGGACACGCGAGGACGGCCUCGCCGCCGGAUCGGGGGGCGACGAUUCGAGCGUCGACUUGAGUCGCGACGCGAGGGCCCUGCUCAGCGCGAUGGUGACGUCCACCUACAAGCUGCAGCACGAGAGCAUCGCGCUCGAGAUGAAAACCAAAGAAGAGCUUGGCGCGAAGAAGCCGCAACAGAAGCAGACGACAUCCACACCCGGGUCUGUUUGGAAGAAGCAGACGACGAAGAAGAAGAAGGCGGCGAAACAAGUAAAAUGCCGAAAGCAGGGACCACCACCCAUGAAAGAUGGCGUCGACUACGUCAACGCCGCGGAAGAAGACCAAAUGGAGGUGUUCGGGUACCGGCCCGACGGCUGCCGCACCCUGGCCACCUGGUGCGGCAUGCUGCUGACAGCGGGCUUGCUGCGGCUUUUAUUCCACUGGCACCCUGCUUGGUGGCUUUACUGCACCCACCGACGCUGCCCGCUCCAACAGGCCACCACAGUGUUGCUUGUGGAUCAGUACAAGCAAGUUUUUGUUGAAAAAGUUCGGACUAUCUUGCCUUCUGGAGUCAACGUGCCACUUAUGCUAUCUGUAACAGGACAAGCAGAUUCUUCACUGCUUCAAGAGUCAAACAAACUUGAUGAACUUGUGAUGUUGAAGCCUGGUGGUACGCUGCAGCCAGCAGAGAGCUUAGUCUACUUUGAAAACAAGAAGAUCCGCUACAUCUGGGAUGACGAGCUCAAAGCAUUCGCAAGGUUGAGGGGUUUCGAUAAAAAUGUGCCAUGUUCUUACUUUCACCAGCAGAAGGGCCUUUCGCUCCAGGAGCAAGUGGUUAGACGAGUUCUUUUUGGGGAUAAUGUAAUUAAUGUCCAAAUACAGUCAGUCUUUCGUAUCCUCUUUCAAGAGGUUCUUGAGCCUUUCUAUGUGUUUCAAGUAGUCAGCAUAAUCAUCUGGUUCUGUGAUGACUACUACUACUACGCCUCAUGCAUCAUUGUCAUGUCCUCAUUGUCUCUAGUCACAGGCGUGUACCAGAUAAGGCUGAGUCAAAAAGCUUUGAGUGACACUGUACAUGCUAUGGAUGUGGUCACAGUCAAGCGAAGCAAAGGAGUCUACGAAAACAUCCCAUCAGAGCAGUUGGUGCCAGGAGACGUACUUAUCGUGCCUCGCAAUGGAUGCGUGAUGCAGUGCGAUGCUGUCCUCACAGCUGGAAACUGCAUUGUCAACGAGAGCAUGCUCACAGGCGAGAGUGUGCCAGUCGUGAAGACACCACUGCCAAAUCCUGGAGCUUCGCAGCCAGCACUAGAUGUCAUGUACCACCCAAAAGAGCACAGUCGUCACACGCUCUUUUGCGGCACUAGAGUCAUUCAAACACGCUACUAUGGCACGGAAAAUGUAGAAGCUGUUGUUGUUCGCAGUGGCUUUCUCACAGCCAAGGGAGAGCUGGUGCGUUCCAUCAUGUUCCCCAAACCUGUUGACUUCAAGUUCAAUCGACACAUCAAGAACUUUCUUCUUUUCCUCGCGUCCCUGGCUAGCAUAGGGGUCAUCUAUACCAUUGCUCUCAAGACUGUACGCGGGGUGCCCGCUUCGAACAUCAUAGUGCGCAGUUUAGAUGUGGUCACCAUCGUCAUUCCACCUGCGCUGCCAGCCGCGAUGACCAUCGGCAUCGUGUUCGCUCAGUCGCGCCUGCGGCGGGCGCUCAUCUACUGCAUCUCGCCACGCUCCAUCAACAUCUCUGGCUGCAUCAACUGCUUCUGUUUUGACAAGACUGGAACGCUUACCGAAGAAGGGCUCGACCUGUGGGGCGUCGUCCCAGCCAGCGGCGGCAGAUUCCAGGAGCAGGUGCCCGACCCACGCAAGCUUCCGCUGGAUUCUCUGCUGCUGCAAGGCAUGGCCACCUGCCACUCCAUCACGGUUAUUGACCGGCAGCUCUCGGGUGAUCCGCUUGAUCUCAAGAUGUUCGAGGCCACCAGCUGGGUUUUGGAGGAGCCAGACAUCGACGACAACUCAAAGUAUGACAUCAUCGCACCAACAGUUGUGCGACCAGGACCUGCCAACAGCUUCAAAACACCAUCUGUGCCUUCUUUGAAUGCCACUGGAGACUUGACUGAGGUGCCUUCAUUCUUCGAGGUCGGCAUUGUGCGGGAGUUGCCCUUUUCCUCGGGCCUUCAGCGCAUGAGUGUGGUCACCCGUGUGCUGGGGUCGACCCACUUCGAUAUAUUCUGCAAGGGUGCCCCCGAGACCAUCGCCUCUCUCUCCAAGGCUGAGACAGUGCCGCCGGACUUCGUGGAGACACUGACGUCAUACACUCAGCUGGGCCACCGAGUACUGGCACUGGCACACCGACCGUUGACAUCGAGCUUUGCCAAAGUGCAUCGGCUUCCCCGAGAAGAGGUCGAGAACAACCUCACCUUUGUCGGGCUGCUGGUUAUGGAGAACCGACUCAAGCCCGAGACCACCUCCGUCAUCCGCACGCUUCGAGCUGCCAACAUCCGCACCAUCAUGGUCACAGGCGACAACAUGCUGACGGCAGUGAGUGUGGCACGCGACUGUGAUAUGAUCGAGCGAGGCCAGGAGGUGCAGAUCCUCUCAUCGAGCACUGACACAUCGGACAUGGUGCCUGUCCUCAGCUGGCAGUCCUCGGAGGCACCACCGCCUGCCAAGUCGCAUCGCAAGGGCAGCGAACUCCUCCCCAACGGCGUGACUUCCAUCUCUAUGGGCCAUCCACUUGUGGCUGUGACUGGAAAGACUUUCGCCGUGUUGCGUGAACAUUAUCCAGACGUCCUGCAACGGGUGGCUGUGUGUGGCGCCGUGUUUGCACGCAUGGCUCCUGACCAAAAGCAGCAGCUGGUGGAACUCCUUCAGGAGAUGGGGUACUAUGUUGGUAUGUGUGGAGACGGUGCCAAUGAUUGCGGGGCCCUGAAGGCAGCACAUGCUGGCAUCUCUCUCUCGGACACGGAGGCAUCUGUGGCAUCUCCUUUCACAUCAAAGGUGGCCAACAUCUCCUGCGUCCCCACGCUCAUCAAGGAAGGCCGUGCAGCACUGGUGACUUCCUUCGGCAUCCUCAAGUACAUGGCGUGCUACAGCAUGACGCAGUUCACCUCGGUGCUCAUACUGUACUCGCUCUACUCCAACCUCACUGACCUCGAGUUCCUGUACAUUGACCUCUUCCUCAUCACCCUCUUCGCCGCCCUGUUUGGCCGUACAGAACCAAGCCCCACGCUGGAUAAGCGGCCACCCCCGUCAAGCCUGAUGGGAGUCACACCACUGACGUCCAUUCUUAGUCAGAUUACACUAGUCAUUCUUGCGCAAGUUUUUGGCAUGGUGGCUCUUUGGAAGCAACACUGGUACCACCCACAUGAACAGGUUCUUGGGGCCGAUGUGCAAGAAGAGCUGGCGUGCCACGACAACUACACUGUUUUUGCGGUGUCUGUCUUCCAGUACAUCACCCUGGCCGUGGUAUUCUCUCGAGGGCAUCCGUACCGCAAGACAAUCCUAUCCAACUACUUGUUCAUAUCAGCGUUGGUGGUGAUGACGGCCUUUAGUAUGUACCUGGUGCUCUACCCCACAGAAAUUCUCAUCGCUGGCUUCGAAUUUGACAUGACGGAUAUAGAUAUGAAGUUCCGAAUGCUCUGCGUCACCAUUGCUGUGGGCCACUUCAUCAUCGCUUACGUUCUGGAGGACUACUUUGUGCAAGGUUUUGUUUUUAAGCAGCUUCAGCUGAGAUUCUUCAGCGGCUUGGCUCCUUACAAGGAGCUUCAGGAAGAGCUCAAGGACCAAUCCCCGUGGACACCGCUCUCGCGAGAGUCCUCCAUCAUGAGCGGCGGUCCUCGCCGGUCGGGCGACUGCAUUCUCCAACCUAGUGCCUUACAGCUCGCAUCUCCCCAGGAAGACACCAGCGUCGAUAGCGCAAUAGUGGUCGAUGCCUUCGGGAACGAAGGCCCUGCCGCCGACAGGCAAGGCGGCAACGGCACUGCGCCACCUUGUGUCACACACAUGUGACGAACGGUCCCUCGUGUUUCUCGCGUGACUCGCUUUGUGGCGGGCCGGUUUCAGUCGCUGGUCUUUACCAUUCACCGUCGCCUCUUUUCGGUGGUUGCGGACUGUAAGUGAAAAGAAAAAUGAAAAAGAAGUGAAUGUAGCGGAGCCUGUUGUGAUGAUUGAAGUGUUGUACGUUGUGAUUGUACGCCGUAGCAACUACACUUGUCACUUAACAGCUGAGGCACCACGUUAUCUGCUGUCCAGGAAACGUCCUAGUAAACUUGCGGUGUAACGAGUGAAGAGGAAUGCGGUUACAAACAUUUCGCUAAUGGCUCAAUUUUCCGGGUAGCUAGCUGCCUGUGGCUGUGCAGUUUGAUGUGAGAGGCUCAUUGCUUGAAAAGAGUGAACAGAUCCGCUGUUCACUUAAAUAGCUUCUACAGCAUACAGCGUACCACCGAGUCACUUUGCAUGCUUUCGUUCAACUUUUUCAGACCAUGAUGCCUCCAAUCAGAAUUUUGUUGAAAGAAUUCUAAAAUAUUGAGAAAGUAUUACAAAAAAAGUGUGGCUGCAGUGUUGUACCUGUUCAAGUUUUUUUUUUUUUAACUGCUUUGUUUUGAAGCCUCUCUGACACCAUUUGUUGCAAGUCUUCUGCUGUAUUUCGUUCGCGAAGUAUGUGAUAGCUCAUGGGCAUGAUUAAUUUAUAUGUCAUUUGGCGACGGCUACAUUGCAUAAGAGCAUGACAGUUCUUUGUAUUUUUAGGUAUGUUACGUGGAAUUGCUGCCAAUAUGUGCCUAUUUCUGGCAACGAAAUUUGCGUGUCUGACAUAUUUCAGUGGAAACAUGUCAUUGCACCGAGCUUUAAUGCAGCAUGAAGAUCAAUUUUUCUGCAAAAAAAGAAAAGAUAAGUGUGAUGCACACCUCACAGGCACUUAGAGCAUGUACGUAUUUAUUGUCUGUUGUAGUGUACGUGUUGUUAAGUUUACAACGUUUGGUUCAAAAAAAUUUAAAAAAAAAAGCAUUUUUAGAGACAAUUUAAUGUUUGCAUAGUCUACACCUCAAAUUCGUUCUCAGAUUUGAAUGCUACGGUGUAACGUUUGCUUGUGCCUGCCCCUUUUGGAAAGUGCAGAUUUAUGUAGUAAGUGGACUUUCAAGAUUUAUCUUUACACAGCCUUUGCUCUUCCAUGUCUGCCUGCUCGUUUUAUCAGCUUGUUCUUCCUUGCUUGCAAGAUUAGCAUGUAAUAACAGUAGACUCACAGUAAUCCAAUUUCCGAUAAUUCUAACACGUAUAUUAAAACUGUUUCUGGGCUGUUUUCAUGUAUUUCUUAACUGUUAUACAUUUGAAUCUUGAUAUAACAAAUGCAAAGUAUUGAAUUAUUGGAUAUUACGAAGCAAAUCUAAAAUUUAUUUUGCCAUGUUUUAUUUCAUUGAGCAUUCAACUGCUGUAACAAAACCAAGAAUGCAAGGUGCCAGACAUUAUUGGUUUUAUUAUAGUGAAGCAAAUAUUUGCUCACAUGACAGCUCAGAAUAAGUACUAUUUCAGUGGCAAAAAUGCCAUUCAGCCAGAUCAGCUUGAAAAGGCACAUUCCGGACGUGCGUGCAGGCUUUUGGCUGAUGACUUGGCUGUCCCACAACCAUCAAGUUAAUUUGCUGACCCCAUGUGUUCAGACCUAUUGCACGGUUACGUAUUGUCCAGUGCAAAGCUAAUUUCUAUUUUAACAUUGUGCACCUUCGGUGCAUCGGCACAGGAAGCCGCCAACAGGCAAUCAAAAUUGCCUGGUGAAGCUUUGCUCGCCCGUCGGAGGCUUCAUGUACAUUUGCUUUUCUUUCGCAUAGACUCAGUCACAAUUUUUUGUGUGCUAAUAUCAGUAUGCACGCCUAAAGGAAUAUCAGAUGUAACUAAAGUACUUUCAUGUCAACUGCAACUUCGCUAUAAUGAGGUUCAACUGUAUGCCAAACAAGGAUCUGAUUUUAUUGAAACUUUCUGGUUUCCUGAGGCAAGGACAUGUGGCCAAAAAUUAGGGUAUGAAUAAAUUAAACAUGCCCAUGUUUGAUAUUCCUGGUGCUGUGUAUAUGUCAAUGGAUGCAUGUGAUCCUGUCAUCUCAAAAAAGACAAAACAUCUGGGCAGUGCAUGCAUCUGUUUGCACUCGUGUUCUGGUCAUGCGUCUCUUUCACCGCAAGCAGGUGCAUAUAUUAUUGGCUUGUGUGGUCAGCUCUGCCUUGGAACAUGGUUUAUUCAGCUUUAAAUAAUUCAAACUUCUGACAAUUUAUACUGAAAUCAGUGUUCCCACGAGUUCGGAUUAACGUGUGUCGACAGUACUUAAAAUUUUUGUGUUGUUGGUAUGCCAGCACUGCAGGAAAACUGCAUGGCCACAGAUAACCUUACGAGGUUUCCAGUCACUGCCUGCAAAUUUGUUCUCUCAAUCAAGAAUCCAAUCUUCAUGAUUUAGAACCUCGUUUCAAUUAAAAGUGAUCUGCUAUGCACAGGAAAGGAAGACUGUCAAGUUUUAGCUUGAACACAUGCUUUGCUAGCCGUCUCCUUUUCUUUCUUGUUACAUGCCGCUUGUCGACGGGAUUAUGUUGCUUGAUUCCGUUGUAAAACAAAAAGCCUGAAGUGAAAGAGAUUGAAUGGUCUUCCAUGCCUGUGGUCGAGUGUCCUUUUUUUUUUUUUUCUGAAGGAUGUUGCAAUUCGUACUCUGCUUUGGUCGGAAGCAGUUGCUGCCUUUACUACAUUCCCUUGAGCACAUAAAGAACAGAUUUGCUUGUGUUUCAGCUGGUGUUUUCUUUUUAAACUGAACACAUAAAUGUUCGUAAAUAUGUACAUGUCUCUCCACGUGCAGUUUUCUUGAACACCUUCUUUUCUUUUUGGUUAUUGUUUAUUCAUAUAUUGGAUCUUUGCUGCUCAUUGCCGCGGCUGAAAACUCAAGUAGUUGUUGUGAAGUCUUCAAAGUGAGGCCUUCUCGUUGCUUGAAGUCUUCAAAGUGAAUAGAUGACAUUGAACUCUUUGCAGUAAAUUUACUGCAUUGAAGUCUUCACGGGGAAGUAAAGUCGUGAAGACUUCAGAGUAUCUGCAGUGAAAUCCCUGCCUUGCCUUACAGACUUCCUCUUACAAAAGUUGGUGAGAACCUUGGGCAAGAACAUUGGCAUUCUUGCCACACUUCACUUUCUUGGCAUGGGAUUACAAGAGUGUGUGUUGAUUUGCAAGGUGCUUCUAGUCUACGAGAUGAUAGGUAAGGUCUUGAUAGGUGACAUAAUAUGGGAUUAUGUAUCAUGUUUGCCUGCCUUGCCGUCAGGUACUUUUAUUGCAACCUGACUGUCUUGUGAUUGCCAAAAAAAGUGGUGAGUGGGCAAAACUAAAAAUACCCAGAUUCAACUGUCACUUACUUCUGCCGGAAAAUUUUAUCCUUUGCGUAUUUUUCUGUUUUAGUUAAGCAAAUGAUGCUGGUAAACUUGACUGCAUCACAGCAUCUUUAGGGAAAGGAGCGUUAUUUACAUUUUUUGCCAGCGGUCUUGCCUUUGUUGACUUCAUCAGGCUUUACUAUGCACUUUUCUCACUUGCAUUGGCGAGCUGUCCUUUUUUUCUCUUUCGUGCGUACAGACGAUAUUGUUUACUUGCAUUCGGGCCAGGCUGGAAGUAAGUUUUAAAGUUUUAGUUUGUCUUCCUUAGCCUGGUUGAAUUAUUUAUUAUUGUAGCGCUUCGGCUGCAUGGUAACCCGGUGAUUUAUCUGUUGUUAUAUGUAUGCAGUUGAGAAGCAUUACUUGUGUGUACUUAUAGACUGAUUCUUGCUAGUCCCUGUUGAACUCUUAGGUUAUGAACGGCGGAGUCUGUGGACCGUUCACUGAUUAAAGGCCAAGUGCAGCAAAAUUUCAUUUCAUUAAUGAAUGGCUCACAGUAUCGAAGAGAUCCUGGCAGAUCUGCAGGGCUGGUAAUUGUCUAAUUUUCUUACUAGCAACCUUUGAAUAGCACCUUGGCAGAUAACGCAGUGGUUAGUGGACAUGACACGUAACCUGGAACAUUGCCUCUGAGACCUUCAGCUUGCCACAGGUGCCACCUGAUCUUGGAGGUCAUGUCCAGGUGCCUGCGUUGGGGCGGUACUCUCAAGCGAUCACUUUCAGGGACACGGUCGCUUCUGCAUGACUCUGCAACGGACGCAUCAGUGUAUACGGCCAACAAUAUUCCUGGCACAGUGCGAAGCUCGCUAUAGGAACACUGUCAACCUUAUGCUUCAUGCAAAAUCUUGCUGAAACUAUUGUAUCACUUUAAGUCACAGCUCAGGAAUACUGCCCCUGGUUCUCAAAAGUCCUGAGACUCCCUACAGCAUUUCGAGCAAAUUGGAAAUGAUGGCGUUUUCUCUGAUUUCAGUAUCGGAAACAUUCAUUCUUGCAAGCUUUUCAUGAAGCAUCCACUCCCAUUUCAAACAUGAAAAUUUUUCAUGGAGGCUGCUCUAUAUCUAUGCUGUCUGAAACUACGCUUUCUACACACUCGAAAUUUCAUUACAGUUGGCUUUUAACAGCCGCAGUGUACUUAGUGAGAUGCUCGGAAGGAGAGUCGGUCCGAUCCCGUAUGUUCGUGCUCGGCCUAUAAUCAAAUGUGAGGAUCCACGACUUUGUGCAGGUCAACACUUAAGCUAGCAUACCCUGUUUGUAACUGGUAUGUGACAAAUGGCUUAGCAUCGUAUACACAUAUUUGCAGUAGUAUCCUCAGUGUACAGAAGUGACCACUUUUCCUAAUCGAAAUUCAGCCACUCAAGCUUUUUUUCUUAUGGUUGUCCCAUUGCUGGAUGCCAUACACUGCACAGAACUGUUUCAUUGUGGACCACUUGACUGUUUCUUGCUGCCAGUAUUUUUAUUUUUCUUUAUUUCAUUCUCUCUCUCUCUGAACAAACCUGCAUUCAGUGCUAAAGUAAUUUCCGUCCAAGCACAUUGGGCAAGUGUGCAUACGUGUCUGCUUUCUCUACCUUCAGAUGUCGCUUGCAUGGAAUCUCGAGCCUGCUUUACUUGAUUCGUUACGCUGCAUAAAUUGUACGCUGGGAAAAACAAGGUGAUCGCUUUUGCAUACUUUACAAUAUGUACAGUUCGGUCAGUUGUGAGUGUCAGACUGGUUUACAAAAAAAAAAAAAAAAAGAUCUCCUUGACUUUAUUGUCAUGUAAUGCAAAGAUGGUUCUUUUCUUUUUAAUUGAGACAUUCUAUUAAGGUGCUAUAUUGAUUGCCGAUUCAUCCCCAAGCUUGUAGGCAACAAUAUAAGCACCUUCAACUCACCAUUAAUCAUGCAGAUUGCCGUGACAUCAAUUACAGCUGCUUACUGCCACUUGAAAAUUUCUUUACAACUCGAAACGUUUUCUAGGCUUUGCUAAUUCUGCUACACCUGACACCUAAGUGCGAAUAAGUUGCUGGUUGUUGCAGCUUAACAUCUGCCAUGUAUGGAACUGUCUUCUUCGUGUUAUUUGACACUUUUCUUUUUCAUCAGACUGAGCUUAUUAAGUGUACACAUUUAGUGCGGAGCUUUGAGGUCACAAUCAGAAGCACGUGUCAUUGUGUGUCUUCGUGCCACUGUGUUUCGUCGCGUCGUGUCACGUGAGGAAAUGUGGCACAGGCCCAGAUUAGAUGCACUGGCAUGCCUUCAUUGGCUGCAAUACAGUGUCGCACAGCCAGAACCAGUUGCAGUCCGCAUCAGACCAAGCCAUGACUUGUUUUGAAAUGCCCCCAGGAACUGCGAUCUUUGACUGCCACUCACUGGCGAGCCCCGUGUGCCGUGCUCGUGGAUAUCUGAUGUGGGAGCUUCUCUGGCAGAUGCAGUUGAUCACAUUGGCACGCCUGCUAACACAUGCUGACAUGUGACUCUGGUUGGGGCUCUUCACUACAACUCGAGAGACCUGCGAAUGACUGCAACUUCAGUCUUCCAACUGUAUAAGCAUUGCCUUGCCAAGAAGCGCUUUACGUUUUACGUGUAACGUACACUGAGGUUGUCUUGCAAAAGGCCUUCAACUUAGCUGUACGGUGAUGACCAAUAGGACAUUACCAUGGUUAAAGCCACAAGAUAAAACAGGAGAUAAAGCAGUCAAAGUCCAUCUUCCUCUUACAACUGCAGAAGGAAGAGCACUGCGGAAAUUUGCAGUUCUCUGCAAGUGUGUGUGCUUUGUAGUCUGGUUUUCUUUUUAUAUGCUUGUAUUUGUAAGUGACUGAGUGGGAAAAAAAAAGAAGUUUGUACUGCUUCCACUUGCAACAGCAAAGCUUGUAGUGACAAUGAGGGCAUUUUUCUCGUGGAUGUCGUGAAAAAAAUUAAUGAAAUGCUAGAUGUAAAAAAAAAAGAAAAUACUACAAAAAAUGUGACAUAUCUACUGCGAAAUUUGUUUUUAUUUGGAAAAUAAAAAAAAUUUCAGUCUUG